UCAGCCAAGGGAGUGCAUCCGUAUAACGCAUUUGCGACACUAAUACUUUAGAAUCUUGUCGUAGCAUACGGUUAGGAAUGAAAAAGAAGCAGCAAAGGUUGUAUCAGUAAUCGCUUUAAUGAAUUUUGUGGGAUCAGUUAUCUGUGUGUAUUUUUUUCUAACCCGAGGUAUUUGUGACGAAGAGACUGUUGAAGUUUUCCAUGAUGACUUUGAAACGCUGGAUCUUGGAAAGUGGAAGAUCGAAAACCCGCAGAACGUACGCGUUCAGAACGGUGUGUUGCUGCUGACAGGCAAGACGGGCUGUGAGAACGGAUCACUGUACCGGAGCAACAGUUACAUCGGCACCAGGAACUUCACUUUCAAAUACGGUGAACUGCUAAUCCGUAUGAAAUACCCAUACCAGGCUCCUGAUCUAACUACCGGUCUCUCGGUGCUGAAAUUGUCGGCCGAAGGCGCUACUUCUCCUCGGGAGGUUACACUCACUGCUAUAAAUACAUUCCCACGGUAUCUAAGUGGUCUGGUGAGGUACAAUCCGUCUGGGGGAAAGAGUGCGGAAUAUGGACAACUUUACGAAUACAUGGGCGUCCGCGAUCUCACAUUUGAUUACCACCUUUACCGGCUAAUCUGGACCACAGAGAGCAUGGAACUGUUCAUGGAUGGCAGCCGGAUUUUCAAUUUAACCGUUGUGGGUUUGAACGACUGGCCGGCAGUGAAUAUUGCCAUGUCAGCCAGUUCUGAAAUCACGGGAAACGCCUGCCCAAACCUUUCCAUCAAGGCAUCGUGUGAAUUGUUGGUGGAUUACGUCACUGUUCGGCAAUACGGCAGCCGACCAAUCACAACACACCCAGGUAGUGACAUAAUACAAGUGACCGUUGGUGUACUUAUUCCGACAGCGGUUGUAGCGUCAGUGAUAGUUACCUGCCUGCUGCUGCGAUGCGCCAGACAACGUCGCAUUAAGCGCCGCGAAGGCCUCAUUGUUUAUCCCAGUGCUACGGAAACACCAUGUGAUUAUGGCUUGUCGGCGCUUGAAUUCAAUGGAGAAGCGGCGGAUGUGCUUGCAAAUGAUCGCAUAAAGGCGAUGGAAAUUCAGCUGGACACAAUACAGAUCGCGAGCACUGUUUUGGGUCGAGGCUUAACCAGCGUAGUCAGAAAAGGAUUCGUCAAGGCAAGUUGCAUGCACUCAACUACAUCCGAAGUUGCCGUCAAAAGUGUGAAAGACAAAAGCGAUCCCGUGGAAGCUCGACAGCUGAUACAAGAGCUGAAGAUUAUGGCAGCAGUAAAAUCUCAUCCGAAUAUUUUAAACCUCGUCGGAGUGGUACUGAAAGGUGAGCUGCUACUGAUUGUCGAAUACGCUAAAUUUGGCUGUUUAAAGCAUAUGCUGAAAGUGCUUGGAACGGAGCGCUUUUACAAUCAUGUAAGUCCAAGUGGACACAUCCUACCGUAUGAUGAACUGGAAGUGGAGCGAAUCAAGUUCUCUAACACACAAUCCUUGGCCCAAACUGAUACUGCGCAAUAUGGCGGAAUGGUUCUAUCCACGCAAAUGCUGCUGUCGUUCGCCGGCCAGAUUUGUCGUGGAAUGGAGUAUCUCAGUGCUUCGUCCAUUGUGCACCGGGACUUGGCCGCUCGCAAUAUCCUCAUUUGCGAGGGAAAUGUGGCCAAGGUAUCUGACUUUGGAUUGGCACUGCAAGGCUCGGGAUGUGCCGACCGCGAGUCUAAGGACGCCCUGCCCGUUCGAUGGAUGCCGCCGGAAUCCAUUUCGAGCGGGAUCUUUUCGGAAAAGUCGGACGUCUGGUCGUUUGGUGUGCUUAUGUGGGAAAUGUUUAGUCUGGGCGCUCUGCCUUACGCCGGCUUCCAUGUUUCACCCGGGAAUAAUAUUUCGGAUUUCCUGACGGCACUACAGACGGGACUGCGGUUAGAUAAAUCAGCGACUUGUCCAAGUGUCGUUUAUGACCUGAUGUGCGAAUGCUGGAAACUCUCACCCGCUGACCGAACGAAUUUUGGUCGGCUGGCGAAGAACUUGGAGAAUGUUUAUGACACAUUGGGCGUCCCAGUUUAUGUUCGUUUGCUCAAGAACACCCAGCUGUGCAUGUAAACGCAACGUCCUAAAUCCGAUUUACUGUACUUAUCUCAACGAAGAAACAGCUAAAGAAGUCGUUUGAAAAUUAAUGUGUGAAACUCAUGCGUAAA